UAAUUAGGUGCGAAAAUGGCGGGAUUGCGAUUUCUUACUUGUGGAAACAAGAUACCUUCAAGUCUUUGGACGGACUGUUUCCUCCAUUUCCAGAAGGCAGAGUCUGAUCUGAAUUAUAUUGAACACAAACUAGAAUUUGAAAUUGUGAAUAAUCUUCCAGAGAACAGAACACAACAGGAAAAUCCAAUCAAACUGCUAGAGCAACUGAAGGUAAUAAAGUCACGGUAUCGUGAGUUAUGUGAAGAAGCAGAUCGGAUCGCAAUAGAGCGUAAAGAAUCAGUAGACUUCAUCCGUACAAAACUUGCCACCACAUUGCAGUUAGUACAAAAGCUGCAGAGUCAAAGCGACCUGAAGUCCUGUCCCCUGACAGAAGAUGAGCAAUGGGCUAUACAGAAUGUUAUGAAGUCAGAGACUUUGCCUGGAGUAGACCCAUGUGAGGAAUCCUGUGCAGUGCCUCAAUCACCACAGCAGCUGGGAGGUAGGUUUGAACCGAUCACUGAAGAGAUGUUCAUAUCUGUGCCAAAAAAUGUAAGGCAGGCUGCAAAACUUGUGAACUUGAACACACUUUACCAGCAACUCUUUGACCACUUUGUAAAGAACAAAAAUAGUUCUGCGCUGACUGUGAUGCAGAUGAUGAAACUCAACAUGAAGGCAACUGAAGCAGAGUUAAAAACACUUAAAGCUCUUGAACUCAUUCAAUUGGACAAAAAAGGACGUGUCCGUCUCUCCCUGUGUCAUUCCUAGAUUUGCCGGUCUUCUACCAAAGCAGUAUUUGUACUUGAUCUUGUCUGAAUUCAAGUGCAGAUUUGUGGAUGUCUGAAUCAGCAAACUGAAAAUAGGGUGCAAGAAUCUGAGGUGCUUCAGGAGCUAGUCUCCAAAGUAUGGUGGACUUGAUAUUUAAUACAGGGAAUGGAUAUUUUAGUCUGGCAGCAGAAUCACAAACUGAUUAAUUGUCAGGUUUUCAAUGCUUAUGGUUCCUGAAAUUUGUAUUGUUUGUAUUUAAGAAACAUCUCGGUUAUUGACCUUUUGCCUAAUUUUCAGGGAAAUGACCCUUUUCUUGGAGAGUUUAUCCCCUGGCUACCAAACUGAGCAUGCUGAUCUUCUACGCAGGAGUAUAGCUGUCACAAAUCUGUAAAUACGGUGGUUUUAAUGAGCACUUUGUCUAGUAAUUUAGAUGAUUGAUGAAAUGUACCAUAAAAUUCCAAUAAUCUUGUAUUUAAUAGUUCAUAAAUAAUAAAGGUUAGUUGUCUGGUU